AUGUCAAAGAAAGGAUUAAUUGUUAUUACUGGUGCAAGUUCAGGAAUAGGCGAAGCAGCAGCAAAAGCUUUUUCUCAAGCUGGUCAUCCUUUAUUAUUAUUAGCUCGACGUCUUGAUCGUUUAGAAGCAUUAAAAUUACCAAAUACAAUUUGCGAAAAAGUCGAUGUUACUAAUCUAGAUGAAAUUAAAUCAGCUGUAGCAAAAGCAGAAAAAAAAUUUGGUCCAGUUGAUUGUCUUGUCAAUAAUGCUGGUGUUAUGUUAUUAGGUGUAGCUGAUACACAAGAUCCAAAAGAAUGGGAACAAAUGGUACAAGUUAAUAUUAUGGGUGUUCUCAAUGGUAUACAUGUUGUUUUACCAGGAAUGAAAGAACGUCGUCAUGGAACAAUAAUUGAUAUUAGUUCUGUAGCUGGACGUAAAACAUAUCCUAAUCAUGCUGUUUAUUGUGGUACGAAAUUUGCUGUUCAUGCUUUUACAGAACAAAUUCGAGAAGAAGCAUCAUCAUAUGAUGUUCGUUUUAUUACAAUUGCACCAGGUGCUGUUGAAACUGAACUAUUAUCACAUACAACAUCAAAAAAAAUUGUUAAUGAUUAUCAAGAAUGGAAAACAACAAUGGGUCAACCUUUACAAAGUGAAGAUGUAGCUAAUUCAAUUUUAUUUGCAUAUCAACAACCACAACGUGUUUGUAUUCGAGAAAUUGUUCUCUGUGCAACACGACAAGACAAGUAG